AUGGGGAAAUCCAACAGCAAGUUAAAGCCUGAAGUAGUAGAAGAACUGACCAGGAAGACCUACUUUACUGAGAAGGAAGUUCAGCAGUGGUACAAAGGCUUCAUCAAGGAUUGCCCCAGUGGCCAGUUGGAUGCUGCAGGAUUCCAGAAGAUCUACAAACAAUUCUUCCCUUUUGGUGAUCCCACCAAGUUUGCUACAUUUGUUUUCAAUGUCUUUGAUGAAAACAAAGAUGGGAGAAUAGAGUUCUCGGAGUUUAUCCAGGCAUUAUCGGUGACCUCUCGGGGGACCCUGGAUGAGAAGCUAAGAUGGGCAUUCAAACUCUAUGACUUGGAUAAUGAUGGCUACAUCACAAGGAAUGAGAUGCUGGACAUUGUAGAUGCCAUUUACCAAAUGGUGGGUAACACUGUGGAACUUCCAGAAGAGGAGAACACCCCAGAAAAGAGGGUGGAUCGGAUCUUUGCCAUGAUGGACAAGAAUUCAGAUGGAAAGCUGACACUGCAAGAGUUCCAGGAGGGCUCAAAGGCUGACCCCUCCAUCGUCCAGGCACUGUCCCUCUACGAUGGGCUUGUAUAGUCCUGGGGCCAGAGCAGGGAUGCCUGCAGGCUGCCUGCCUCCCUCUGUGCCAUCAGACCACCUCAGUAAUGAAGCUCAUCCACUUGUCUCUCUCCAGCCUUCCUUUAUGCACAGCAGGGCUGCACUCAAAAUGUGAGGUCCCUUCCCUCCUCCCAAUCCUUCUCACCCACCACAUCCCCUUACUGUGCCCUGAAGUCACUCUCUCCAUUUGCCAACUUCUGCUUGUCGGAGGAAAAACAGCGGUGAUCAUCUGCAGACCAAGGACACCUACUGCAUCACAGAAGAGCCUCAUCGUUUCUCUCUCUUGCCCAUGCUUUUAUUUUUUAUUUGGAACAGACAUUUUUUAAAAUGCCCUUCUGUUCUAGAAAACAUAGACUGAAGAAUGAUGAUGGCCCUGGGUUACUCAGAAAAAACUCCAGUUUCCUUCCUUUUGGUGGCUGGAAAGAUUGUUGGAAAGAUAGAGCUUUGGUCCUUGGAUUGGGCCAGAUGUGUUUGGGAGAUGAUUGAUGUUUCUUGUCAUCCAGGUCUUUUAGCAGCAGAACAACCUGCGUGGCCUGGAUGAUUGAUUAUUAUUAUUAAUUAUCAUUAUUAUUUCUUGUGA